CGGCACCCAAUCUACCAACACCGGCCGUACAUUCCCAGUAUUCUCCAAUGCACUUCAACGCGAGCUCUUCCUCGCCGAGAGUGCCAACCUCACCUCCGCCACUGCAGCAGCAGAAGCUGUAUCCAAAGCUUUCAAGACAUGGAAGCACACACCCUGGAGCACACGACGUGAUAUCUUUUUGCACACGGCCGACAUCCUCAAGCAUAGCGAGGACGAUUUGUAGGGGAUGAUGCGUGUAGAAACGAGUUGCAAGGCCUUCUUCGCUGCUUUCCAGAUCGAAUUCGCCACAUCUUGUAUCCAAGAGAUUGCAUCUAGGAUUUCUUCAAUGGUUGGAGAAGUUCCUAACGUGGCUUCGCCAGAUACAAUGGGCUUCAUAUUUCGAGAAGCUCUUGGGCCAAUUCUGCUGAUUGCGCCUUGGAAUGCUCCUCUCAUUCUCGCCGGGAGGUCGAUGGCGUCGAUUAUUGGUGCUGGCUGCAGCGUGGUUUUCAAAGCUUCCGAACUUUCUCCCAAGACUCAUCACAUGCUUGCUGAAGUUUUCAUUGAGGCUGGUGUACCAAGUGAUGUAAUCAAUAUCAUACAGACGGGUGGAGAUAAUGCGCCUGCUGUGACAGAAACUUUGAUUGAACAUCGUGCGAUUAGAAAAGUUGAGUUUAUCGGGAGUGCCGGAGUGGGGUCGAAGAUCGUACAGGCUGCAGCGAAGUAUCUCAAGCCCGUUCUAAUGGAGUUGGGCGAUAAAGCUGCAACCAUUGUCCUGGAGGAUGCGAACUUGGAGGAAGCAGCAGCGACAUGCAUUUUUGGAGGUGAGUGUUUCCCUGACUAGAUAACCCCUGAUUCUUCCUGGGGAUGCUUUUUGACUGUCGUUCACCGGUAGCAUACAUGCACCACGGCCAGAUCUGCUAUGGCACCGAGCGAAUCGUCAUCACGGAGAGCAUCGCAGACGACUUCAUCAAGCUCCUCCAAAAGAAGGUCGGAACGUUUGACGUAGGUCUUCUAGUUACGGCGACAAUGGCGAAACGUGCCUUUGACAGACUUAUCGACGCUCAGAGCAAUGGAGCAAAGG